CUCCCACAGCCCCGCCUCUUCACAUUCCUGUGGAGUUCCUGCCACGCUGGAGCAGCGUCUCAGAAGUAACAAAGAUCCAGACCAGAACCUCUGCAGAGACCCGGUUCUGCUCUGAAAUGGACUCGGCUGAGCUCCCUGGCCUGUCUGCUGUGAGCUUGCUGUCCUUGUCGGCAUGCGUCCUGCAGGUGUUCUGUGCCGCUCUCCUCACGUACAGGUAUGGAGGGAUUACGUCUGGAGAGGACAGAUGGAUCCUGCUUUGGCUCUUUUAUGACGUGAUCGUCCACCUGACUCUGGAAGGUCCAUUUGUGUACAUGUCUCUUGUUGGAACGGUGGAGACGUCUGAAGGUCCUCUUGCUGAACUCUGGAAAGAGUACGGGAAAGCCGACAGCCGAUGGUUAGUUUCUGAUCCAACCAUUGUUUCAAUUGAGAUCUUCACUGUAGUUCUGGACUCUAUUCUUGCUCUGCUGCUUAUCCACGCCAUACUGAAGAAAAAGUACUACAGACAUUUCUUGCAGAUUGCUCUGAGCGUGUGCGAGCUGUACGGCGGCUGGAUGACCUUCUGUCCAGACUGGCUGCUCGGCAGUCCUCAUCUCAACACCUCCCGCUGGAUCUACCUGUGGGUCUACCUGGUCUUCUUUAAUGGACUGUGGGUGUUGGUUCCUGUCCUGCUGCUGGUCCAGUCCUGGUCCUGUCUCAAGAGUCUGGAGCUCAGAGGUGACAACUCUGAGGUCAUCAGGAAGAACAUGUAGAUGUUUGUCUGAAUGAUGUCAUCCAGUCUUUAUCUAGAAACGCUUUAAUUUUUGAAUUUUCAGGCUGAACAUUAAAAGAAGAUUUACAUGUCAAAGUUCAAAGACAGCAGGAAAUUGUGAAGGAACCAGAUGACGGAACCUGUCAGUUCAUGUGAAGAUGUCAGUAAAAACUUGUACAAGGUGUCA